UUUUGUUCUCUAGGUAUAUUCCUCGUUUUGACAAAGGAUAGCUGGGUGUAAUUUAGCCUUACCCGCUGCGACAGUUUGACAGCUAUGCGACUGUUUCGUGUGUUACUUUUGGUGGGAUAUUUCACUGUGUUUAGUAAUUCAGCGAUAUCAGGAUGCUGCACAGCUAUGGGACAAAGGAAACAAAAAACCCUUAUGAAUCAAGGUUGCUAUCUAACAAAGAGCCAUAAAAUCAACAUCAACUUGAGGUCCUAAAUUAGGGGAACACUGCAAAGACAGCACCUUUUUAUUAUUGGUUUCAUGUUUUUUUGUUGUUUUUUUUUUUAUUUAAGAAUCUUAUAAGCUAUUUAAUGUAUCACUCCUUAGACAAUAUUCUAAAGUGUCAAGCUAAGGAAGGUGAUGUUAUUCUGUAUUCAGUCAAGAUACCCCUACCACUAUUGUGCAGUGGCUUGUAAGAAUAUUUUGGCACUAAUGUUGUGUUUUGAGAGGAUGGAAUAAAAUAUACUCAUAACUGGAGGGGUUCAGUCCGCCCCAGUGCAACUGGCAGGGCAGAGUCUUUUCUCCAGCUCCCAGCUCUGUCCUCAUGUGGCAUUAGAUACUGACUGACUUGUCAGCACAGCCAGGAGUCUGCAAACGGAAGCUGCAUCUCCAGCUGCGCCAUGACUUCAUCGGACAAUGAAGAAACAGGGAGCGACCUGUCUCUGGAGAUCCACGAGCUCCAGGAUCAGUACACGGACCCAGAAAACUGCUUCAAGUCCAAAAGCUUACCCAUCCUGAAUGGACCGUGUCAGCCGGAUCGCAUGGCGGCAGAGCCUCGGCUGGUCAACACAACCAUUACCUGUGUGGCCGUGCGGGAGAGCAGCGAGCUACAGUCAAAAACCCCAGACUCCAGCCAGGCGGAGUCCCCCUCCUCCAGGACAGAUUUCUCCCCCUCUUUCUCCAGCAUGGUGGGGCUCAGCAGCUCUUUACCUGUGGAGGGCCACAGGGCUGUCGCCUCCGGGGGCAAAAAACUUGGUUUCUCUCUAACACGCCUUAUCCGCAUCCCAGCCAGGAAGUAUGUGCGGGUCAUCCUCAGUGACUCCCGCUGCUUCCUGUUCUGCAUGUGCUACCUGACCUUCAUCCAGUCCCUGAUGGUUUCGGGCUACCUGAGCAGUGUCAUCACCACCAUUGAGAAGCGUUACAGUCUGCGCAGCUCUGAGUCCGGCCUGCUGGUCAGCUGCUUCGACAUUGGCAGCUUGCUGGUGGUGGUUUUCAUCUCCUACUUUGGAGGCAGGGGUCAAAGGCCACGCUGGCUGGCUGUGGGUGGUGUGGUCAUUGCUGUUGGGGCAGCAUUGUUUUCCCUGCCCCACUUCAUCUCGCCACCCUACCAGAUCCAGGAGAUGAACUCCUCAGCGGGCCACGAAGGUCUCUGUCAGAGUGGCAACAACAGCGGGCGUGAAUUGCACGAUGUGGCAUCAUGCCCACGCGACCAGGAGGGAAAUGAGCACAACCUGUAUGUGACUCUGUUCAUCUGUGCCCAGAUACUUGUGGGCAUGGGUUCCACGCCAAUCUACACCCUGGGCCCCACCUACCUGGAUGACAAUGUGAAGAAAGAAAAUGCAUCUCUCUAUCUAGCCGUCAUGUAUGUGAUGGGAGCCCUGGGACCUGCAGCUGGCUACCUGCUUGGAGGCGUCCUCAUUGGCUUCUACGUCGACCCCAAAACUGUAGUCAACAUCGACCAGAGUGACCCUCGCUUUGUUGGCAACUGGUGGAGUGGCUUUCUCUUGUGUAGCGUAGCCAUGCUUCUGGUCAUCUUUCCCAUGUUUGCCUUCCCCAAAAAGUUGCCUCCGCGCCACAAAAAGAGGAAGAAGAAAAAGAUAAGCUCGCCAGGUGACGUGUCCAGCGACGACGAUGUGAUGAAGGAAAAGUCCAGUAGCAAAUGCCAGAACGUCUCUUCUUCAAUCGGCUUUGGAAAGGACAUCAAAGACCUCCCCAAGGCAGCGCUGAGGAUCCUCAGCAACAUGACCUUCUUGUUCGUCAGCCUGUCCUACACGGCGGAGUGCGCCAUCGUCACCGCCUUCAUUACCUUCAUUCCCAAAUUUAUUGAGUCACAGUUUGGUAUCCCCGCCUCCAACGCCAGUAUAUACACUGGUGUGAUCAUCGUACCCAGCGCCGGGGUGGGCAUUGUGCUGGGGGGCUACAUCAUCAAGAAGCUGAAGCUCGGUGCCAGAGAGUCGGCCAAGCUGGCCAUGAUCUGCAGCGGGGUGUCUCUGCUCUGCUUCUCCACGCUCUUCAUAGUGGGCUGUGAGAGCAUCAAUUUAGGAGGCAUCAACAUACCCUACACUACCGGUCCGACCCUGACGAUGACCCACAGGAACCUGACGGGCAGUUGCAACGUGAACUGUGGCUGCAGGAUCCAUGAGUACGCUCCGGUCUGCGGCUCUGACGGCAUUACCUAUUUCAACCCCUGUCUGGCUGGAUGCAGCACUGUGGGCAAUGACAGCACCGUGAUCAGGAACUACACCGACUGCGGCUGCGUGCAGAGCAGACAGGUCAUCACUCCGUCCUCAGGCGGCCAGGUCAACCAGCUACAGCUGGUCAUUGUUAAAACCUACCUGAACGAGAACGGCUACGCUGUGUUGGGGAAGUGCGACCGCACCUGCAACACUCUGAUCCCUUUCCUCAUCUUCCUCUUCAUCGUCACUCUGAUCACCGCCUGUGCCCAGCCCUCCGCCAUCAUCGUCACACUAAGGUCUGUUGAUGAACAAGAGAGGCCUUUUGCUCUUGGGAUGCAGUUCGUCUUGCUCCGAACUCUUGCCUACAUCCCCACGCCCAUCUACUUUGGUGCUGUGAUCGACACCACCUGCAUGCUGUGGCAGCAGGACUGCGGCGUGCACGGCUCCUGCUGGGAGUACGACGUCACCUCGUUCCGCUUCGUCUACUUCGGCCUGGCCGCCAGCCUGAAGUUUGUCGGCUUCAUCUUCAUCUUUCUCACCUGGUAUUCGAUCAAGCACAAGGAGGACCGGGCCGAGCGCUGGCGCCAGCACCUGCCUCCGCUGGGCACCGUCAGCGAGCUCAUCUGCCACGCCGGGGGCCAGAAAAGCCACGCUCGCACCCGCUCCUGCCCUGUGUUCAUCCCGCCUCGGCCCGACCCGCCGGCCGCCCUGCUGCUCAACCGUGGCCACAGCAGCCUCAGCUGCCCCGGCAAUGCCCUCAAAGCAAUAACCCCGCCCAUCCUGUUGCCACAUCACCACAGAGGCUCCGCCCAGGUCUGAAAGCGCACCAAGCCUUCUCCCGGGGGUCAACGUGACAUGUGCCUUCCUGUUUGAGUUUCUGCUUUCCACCUAUCAGACACCAGGCAGGGCUCCACAGCUGCUGUGGGGCUGACUGGCAGAGACACCGGUGCGCCCACCAUACUUAAAGGGCUGCUCAUUGUUAUUUAUAUUAACAUGACAGAUGUUCUUUUAUUCUGACCAUGUCUUCAGCUGCAGCCACACACAGCAUCCACCCAGAAGGUCAGACUUCAAGGUUCGGACGAUGUAAAGACAUCACAUGGUGCUACUGUUUAAAAGGCGGGGCAUUAAAAUCUCUGUACAGACAAGAUGUGUCCUCAUCAACACGGCAUCAAAAGCACAACUGACAAACCUGUACUAUGCAAGAUCCUGUGUACAGCUCCUCCCUUCUCAGUACUGUACAGCUCCCUCUGUAUUCAACACCUGUAGCUCUUUCUUCUUCCCUGCUCAAUUUACACAUACCACCAUGUUGUUGUCUGCUCACAGUCUUAGCUGUGAGCAUGUCGGCCUCUUCUACCUUUAGAAUUAACAAGUGGGAUUUUUUUUCAGUGCCUCUCAGGCUGAUUCGGCCAGUCCAGUAUACAAAGCUAGCUACCAGGGUAAAUGCUAGCUACUGAAAAAGCCAGUCACUAUCCCCUCAGCUGAGUGACAGUAUUCUGCUAUUUAUUUUUUUUUCUUUCAUGUUUGGGAGCAUUAAGUGUUGUCACAGAGAUCGAGUCAUUGCGCUUCUCUCGCCUCUGCAAGGUAACCAUGUAACUUAAAGCACCAAUGUUACAGCGGUAAAUUACUUCUCAUCAGUGAGCAAGAUAUCUGUAUUUCAUUACACGUCAUCACACUAUUUUAUUGUGACAAUGUGUCAUAACAGGGGAAAGGAACAAGAAUGAUAUCUCAUCUCUGACCAUGUGCUGAAGCUACUGUGUCCAAAAGGUGUGAUUGUACUUGAAACUGGAAAACAUGACAGAGAUGUAAGAAAAUGUGGCAAAACUGCUGUUUUCUGAACAAAUUUGAUUUGAUUUUUAAACACAGCUUUAUCAAAGUAAAAAUAUUUUGUAUCUGAUGUAUCGCAACAAUCAACAACAAACGCUGCAUAAUUUUGGCAUUGUAUUGUAAUGGCUUCUCCAUUCUAAUGGUCAUCAGAUGUACAUAGUAGUUAUCUAGUAGUCUAGGCUUUUAAAAUAAGUAGUGCGGAAAGCAUGAAUAACGGUGAACCUAAUUUUAUCAGCAAGGGUUAUCGGACGAUUAUUCAGCUCCCGGUGUGUUUGUGGGGCCUCUAGUGGACAGGGAUUGUGAGAAGGCCAGUGAAUGUUUGUCAGACCUACUACUAUGAAAUUCUUGGUUAAAAGGUUAAUUGUUAAACUUAAUCACUGCAUCGAAUUUAGCACUCCAGUUUUCCAAAGAUAUACCUGAGCAAGAGAUAACCUGCUGUCUCUGAACGAUGUGUUGCUGCCGUUCAUGUGACUGAGACAAAUUCUAAAACUGUCAGUUUGGUGGUGAAGGAACAUUCACUAUAUGACACAAAUGAGCCUUAACUGUUAGCAGGUACCAUCUUUUAAUAGAAUCGUCUAAUUUCCUUUUGCCUUGUGCUCUUGUUAUUUUCUAAAUUAUCUUUAUGGAUUAUUUACCGUCCUUUGAAUAGGACAGGUAGUGUUUGCAGAGGAAACAGAAAAAGUGGUAAUAUGGAGAGGAAAAAAUAAAAAAUAAAAGCUUUGUUCGAUAUAUAUUAGGUGCAUACAAAAAGUCAUAUCCGUGGUACAUGUUUUAAUAACCACAUUUUUAUGAGUGUUUUCUUUUCUGGGGGGGAAUAAAAGAUGAGUCUAAUAAAGUACUGAAUAUUCUGAUCA